CCCAACGUUGAGGCUCAGGCUCUCUUUCUGCCAGCUUCCUUCACUGAGCAGCGCUUUCCAGUCUGCUUUCUCUGUCCCGUCCGGCUCAGCUUGGGUCACCGCCUCAAACCAGGGACGCCAUGCAUGGAUUUUGGUGACAGUGAUGAAAAACCUUGUAAAUUCGUCCGGGGUGUCCCAGGACGAACUGGAAGACCCAUGGAAGAAGGGGCUGAACAGCACCGAGGAUUACCUGACCUACCUGUGCGGACCGAGGCGCAGCCACCUGUUUCUGCCCAUGACUGUAGUGUAUGCACUGAUUUUUGUGGUAGGAGUAGUGGGCAAUCUCCUAGUGUGCCUGGUUAUUCUUCGGGACCAGCUGAUGAAGACACCAACCAACUACUACUUGUUUAGCUUGGCUGUCUCUGACCUCCUGGUCCUUCUCCUGGGAAUGCCCCUGGAAGUCUACGAGAUGUGGCACAACUACCCUUUCCUCUUUGGACCCGUGGGCUGCUACUUCAAGACUGCCCUCUUUGAGACUGUGUGCUUUGCCUCCAUCCUCAGUGUCACCACUGUCAGCGUGGAGCGCUAUGUGGCCAUCCUCCACCCCUUCCGUGCCAAGCUGGAGAGCACCAAGCAGAGGGCCCUGUGGAUCCUGGCCAGUAUCUGGGGCUUCUCCAUCAUCUUCUCUCUGCCCAACACAAGUGUCCAUGGCAUCAAGCUCCACUACUUCCCCAAUGGGUCCUCGGUCCCUGGCUCUGCCACCUGUACGGUCAUCAAGCCCAUGUGGAUCUACAACUUCAUCAUCCAGGUCACCUCCUUCCUCUUCUACAUCCUCCCCAUGACCCUCAUCAGUGUCCUCUACUACCUCAUGGGGCUCAGAUUGAAGAAAGAUGAAUCCCUCCAGACGGAUGAAGUGACUGCAAAUAUUCAGAGACCCUGCAGGAAAUCAGUAAACAAGAUGCUGUUUGUCCUGGUCUUAGUGUUUGCUGUUUGUUGGAUGCCAUUUCAUGCUGAUCGACUCUUCUUCAGCUUUGUGGAGGAGUGGACCGAGCCCCUGGCUGCUGUGUUUAACCUCAUCCACGUGGUGUCAGGUGUGUUCUUCUACCUGAGUUCUGCCGUCAACCCUGUCAUCUAUAACCUGCUGUCUCGCCGCUUCCAGGCGGCUUUCCGGAACGUGAUCUCUCUUCCCUGCCAAAGCUGCUGCCCCCAGGGUCACUCACGAGGGCCCCCCGCCCAGCGGAACAUCAUCCUCACCGAAUGCCACCUGGAGGAGCUCAGUGAAGAGCCAGGUCCCCAGUUCCCCGGCCAGUCGUCCGUCUGCAGUGCGCCCCUGUCCACUGCCCUCUGCACCGAGCAGGCCCCGCGGAAGAGGCCGUCCCGUUGGCAAGGACCGAAUUCCUCGCUGCCUCCUGCCUGCUCUCUAGUUCCUAAAGACGACGAGCCUGGCGAAGCACAGGGCCCCUCUGGAGGGCAGUUUCCCCUCUGAGGAGACUGGGCCCGGGUCAUCCACAGGCUGAGUCAGGCUAUCAGUCGGACAACCAGAGGCCACGGGCAGUCACAGGAGGAAGAGGCGUCGGUGCCGGUCUGCUCUUCGUGAUUGGAGAAGUCCACGUCAGGGCUCCUUGGCAGCAAUCUGUUUGCCCUACUGGCCCAUCCUUACAACGCGACACGACUUCUUACGGUGUCCUGAGCCUUUUACCUUACGAACUCUGAUACCGUGGAAAUGCUCCUCCGAAUUACUGUCCCACAACUCCAGUCUCCAUUGUCAUUAGUGGUCUUUUUCAUCAGAAACCAGAUCAGAUAUAAAUUUUACUUAGAGAAGAAGGAGAAGUAAAGAGGGGAAGCUGAGAUGGCAGGUUAGAUGAGAUAUGAAUUCCACCGUACAAAAGCGUAGCCAUUUUCAUAGUUAGACAGAUCCAGACAUAGUUUUCUAACAUCUUAUUUCAUAGACAGAUAGAAGAGUGGGCUAUUGUCUUGGAAGAAAGGCACCUGGAAUGGCAACUACUGGUCCGAAACUAUUCGGCCCUUUAGCUGUCACCUAUAUGUUCUUCAUGUAUAUGAUUCCAGCGAAACCUGCUCCUCAGAUUCAUCUGCCAUUAUACCAUCACAGGGAAUGCGUAUUCCAUUCAACUGGGUCUGCUCACUCCUCGUAUGAAGACACAGUCCAUAGUUUUCCCUACCUGUGCAUCUCAGCUCACAGGACACCUUGUUUACUUCCAAUUUCCAUCUGUUUGUAUCCGACCAAGGUCACAACGCUCUCCUCCACGUGGUAUCUCCUCCAUUCAGACAUGCCUGGUUUAUUCAAAU